AUGGUGGCAAGAACUACCUAUCAUACUACUAUCAAUACUACUAAUACCAGUAUUAAUGAUAAUAAUAAUAAUAAACCUUAUCAACAACCACUUUCAUAUUUCGCGCCUAAUCCCAGCCAUUUUAAACAACAAUGGAGAAGUUAUCAAAAUUUAGGGAAUAUUUUACCGCUUAAUCGACACGUGUCAGAUCAAUGCAUAAAUGGAGUAGUUAUGAGUGGUUCGUGUAGAAAUCUUGCCAAGAAACGAUGCGAUAUUACCAUUCUUAUUAAUAAUGACGACAUGAAUAAUAAUAGUAAUAAUAAUUGUAAUUAUAGUAAUAAUACUAAUCACAAUAGUAGUAACUAUAGUAUUAAUAGUACAAAUAAUAAUUUCACUGAACGCUCAGAUAGGCCUAUUUUAUCAUCAAAUGCUAUGCUUGAAAAUACACAAAAUAAGCAAUUCGUAUUUAGGGGAAAUUCUUCUACUAUGCCAAGGUUAUUAGUAUACAAUGAAAAAUUAUUACGUUCUGCCUCUUUACCACCUGGAUUCUCAUCUCCACCAAUCGGGGCAGGCAAUUAUCUAACAUCAAAACGAUCAAUAAUUGCCAAUACAGGGCAUGCUUCACCCUUAUUGGUCAAUUCAAUGUGUUAUUCGCCUUCCUACGGCUCGCCCACCUACGCAUGUCAACAUGAUGGUGCAGAUUGGGAAGAUUGUCGUAUUAGUAUUGACUGUUUUGGUUUUAAAGCAACUAGGUAUUGUGCAGAAACAGAUAGAACAAAUUGGAUUAGUCCGGUUGAUUUAAACACUUGUCGUACAACUCUUCGUAAUUGUUGGCGUAAAAGUUUAAUACAAAGAAUGGCCUUCAAAAUUGAUGAUUUCACAAUUCAAGAAGAUCAAGUCAAAGUUGCUAAAGAUGUUUUUAAACGUUUCGAUAAAAGAGGACAAGAGAAAAUCAGCACUACUGAUUUAGGUCCAGCUUUUCGUGCACUUAACUUGACAGUUAAACCAGACACCUUGAAAGAAUGGGCUGAUCAAGUUGAUGAUGAUGCUACUGGAUUCAUUGACUUUAAUGGAUUUCUGAUAUGUUACGGAAAAAAACUUCAAGAAGAUCAAGAUGAAAGAGAUCUGAGAGAUGCUUUCCGAGUGUUGGAUAAAAAUAAACGUGGUGAAAUCGAUGUUGAAGAUUUAAGAUGGAUUUUGAAAGGUCUUGGAGACGAUCUGACUGAAGAGGAAAUCGAUGAUAUGAUCAGAGAUACUGACACUGAUGGAUCUGGCUUCGUCGAUUUCGAUGAAUUCUACAAACUAAUGACAUCUGAAUAA